AAUUUGCUUCCUUUGAAACAAUCACUUGUUUUUUUAAGUAAAUUGAACUUGUUACUUUUUAGAGUGCAUUUAAACAGUCCACAAAAUAAUUCUCAAAAAGAAAUAAUCUAAGUGAUAAAAAAGUAUUUAUUACCCCACUAAAUCAUAUAAUUCCUAUCUAAGGUUGCUAAUAUUGAACAUUAUAUAUGUCCGCUUCAUAGUUUUAGAGGACAAGCCCAUUUUUUUGUGGAAGGGUCAAUAAUAGUGAAAGUAGGCUUUGUGAAUAUAAAUGAGAGAAAGCACAAACUGUACUGUUCAUUUUUCAAGAAGGUAAACACAGCAGCUCUCUUAUAACACAAUGGCACAAUUUCUUUACGUUGCUAUAGAUUUUGGAACAUCAUUCAGCGGAUAUGCCUUCAGCUUUAAGACUGAUAAACGUCUAGAACAAAUUAGGAUUCCUUCCUGGGGUGUCGAGCAAGGUCUAAAAACCUUCAAAACCCCCACCUGCAUUUUGUUUGAUGAAGAACAGAACUUCCAGAAGUUUGGUUAUGAUGCCAUGAAAACAUACACCAUGUUGAUGAAAAAAGAAACAGCAAAGAAACAUUAUCUAUUUGAACACUUCAAAAUGGAGCUGUAUAAUAAAGAAAUCCACAGAGAUUUGAUGAUCACAGAAUCAAAUGGAAAAACAAUGAAGGCUAUAAAGGUUUUCUCUGAGAGUCUGCGAUACCUGAAGGAUCAUGCACUGGACAAAAUUGGACAAAACACUGAAGGACGAAAGUUCACUGCAUCUGAUGUGACGUGGGUGUUAACAGUUCCUGCUAUCUGGCAUGCGGCAGCUAAACAAUUCAUGAGAGAAGCAGCUGUUGAGGCAGGUCUUGUGACGGAUUCUACACCUGAAAGACUCAUCUUUGCUCUGGAACCAGAGGCUGCGUCUGUGUUCUGUAAGCAGCUACCAAGUGAUGGUUUCAUAGCAGAAAGAGAGGAUUGUGAAGACAAAUUGGAGCAGCAACCAGGAAGCCAGUACAUGGUUGUAGAUUGUGGAGGUGGUACUAUUGACAUAACGGUCCACGAGGUGCUGGGUGACGGCAAACUGAAGGAGCUGCACGCUGCAUCAGGAAAUGACAUGGGUGGACAGUCAGUAGACAAGAAUAUUGUGUCUUUUCUAAAAGAUGUUUUCUCAGAGGAAAUUUUUGAGAAAUUUGAGAAAGAAUACCCAAGUGAAGCACUUAAACUGAAGUAUGACAUUGCACUUAUAAAAUCUUGUGAUGAUGUUGUGAUGAUUCCAUGUCCUAGCAGCUUACAAACACUCGCUAAAGGUAAACAGAGCAUGGAAAGUUAUUUUGAGGAUGUUCAGGGAGUAAUGUGGGAUGAUGGUGGAAUAUUCAUUGAACAUGAAAAGCUAAAAAGCUUCUUUGAUACCAGCUUGAGUGCUAUAGAAAGCACAAUUAAUCAGAUCCUUAAAAACACAGAGCUGAGGAUUGAGUACAUGUUGUUGGUGGGAGGCUAUGCUGAAUGUGCUUUUCUGAGGAAAUUCAUGAAGAAGCGAUUUUGCAACAUAUGCAAAAUACUUUGCCCUGUUGAACCUCAAGCAGUAAUUUUAAAGGGAGCGAUCCUGUACGGAAAAACACCUUCCGUGGUUAAAUCCCGUAUUAGUGCUCUCACAUAUGGGUUCUGUAUAUGUGAAAUAUUUGAUGAAACCAAACACAGGGGCAAAAGCAAAUCUGAAAACUCAGAAGGAGAAGUGUUCUGCAACGUUUGCUUUGACCAGCUUGUCCGCAGUGGGGAGUCAGUUGAAUGUGAUGAAGUCCGUUCUCUUAUAAGAUUUCCAAUAGAUCCACAGCAAACAGAGGUAAAAUUUACAUUUUACAGCUCUGAAAAACAAGAAGUAAAGUUUACAGAUGAGCCACUCGUUUUCGAGAUUGGUUCUGUAUCAGUUGACACUGACGGAGGCACAGAUCGACCGGUCAGGUUGGAAAUAAAAUUUGGCUCCACUGAAAUGCAGGCAACUGCUACUGAUUUAGGAUCAGGUGAAACAAGAACAACCGAACUGGACUUCAUGAGUGAACAAAUCCAUGCCCAUAAUAAAAUACGUGCCUGAAUACAGUAAAAGUAAAAUACAGUAAAUAAUAAAAACAACAACAAAUAAAAAUCCUAGUAACAAAAUAAAUCCAUUAUCUGAUUUGUACUUUUUUAUUUCUCACAUAUUACCUAACAGGAUUGGUUUGUUUUAACUGAUUUGUUUUAAUUAUAUUAUGCAGAAAGACAAUUUAUGACAUCACAGAGAAUAAUGGUGUUGACUGUAUCUUUAAAUAAUUCUCACAAAUUAGUAUAUAUAUAUAUAUAUAUAUAUAUAUAUAUAUAU